AGCCAGAAACAAGUAAGUACUUGUACUUAAUUACAGUAAGUAAUAAAAAUUAUUAUGAUAUUUAGGUAUGGAAGAAAGUAAUUGCUUGCUUUCGUCAAAUUAUCUUGUGCAGCAUCAUCUACGGCAACGAUGCUAUUAUAAUUUUAUCUAACUGUGAGCUGAACAUCAGGAAAUAAAUUGUUUCUCCAUAAAUUGUUUCUCCAUUCAUUUUAGUUUUUUUUGUGUGCAAAGCUCACACUCAGCGAGGUGCUUGCAUGAGGGUUGCUUUUUUGUUGUAACCAACUUUUUUGAUAACAAUAAGAACGAAGAUAAUUUACUGGGAGAUGGGUUUUGAAAUUGAUUCAUUUGUCCAUGGAAGUUUUUCUUGGAUUGACUGGACCUUUAUAUCGCGAGUUUCUUAUGUUCUUGCUGCCUUUUCUGUGAUUGCUGAAUUUUCUGUAAAAGGCGAAGGUGUAGCGGAUCUCAAGCAAGUUCACGUGGUGGUUCGCCAUGGCGCAAGAGCGCCUCUACAAAAUUUCGACGGAAGCGGAUAUUAUUCCGGCGACUGGCCACAUGGACUAGCACAGUUGACAGCCGAGGGCAUCAUGCAGCAGUAUCAACUGGGAAGUUUUUUGCGCCGUCGCUAUUCAAAAUUUUUAACUCCCGACAAAGAAUUAGAAGAAAUUUAUGUUCAGUCUACGGACCACGACAGAACACUGCAAAGUGCGCUGGCCAUGAGUGCCGGUUUGUUUCUUCCGAGUGAUAAUCAUUCUUGGGAAUCCCCUGGACAAGCGGUUCCAUUGGCCAAAAUGUGGCAACCUAUCCCAGUUCACACUACCAGUCUGGACCACGAAUAUAUUCUGAAACCGACAGCUAAAUGCCAGAAAUUGGAGCGGUUAAACAGGGAUUUGCAUAACAUGCCGAAAAUGGCCCAAGCUGCGCAAGAAUUCCAGGAGACGGAUAAGCUUUUGGCAAAGUACAUCGCCCAGCUCAAGGCACCGAAAGGUCACAAAACAACCUUUUGGGAGAGAGUUCCGGUUGCGGCGGACAUGUUUGCUUCUUUGAGUAGCCGAUCUUUAGCCUUACCACCUUGGAUGCGAAACAUCGAGCUAAUGAACAACGUGACCUCUCUGGCUGAUCUUCAGUUUAUGCACUGGGUCGGGGCGUUUGACGACGAAGAGAGGAGCCGAAUCGUGGGAGGUGCACUAUUGAACAUUAUUCUGGAGCGAAUGCGCAAUUCGACUAAAGGAGAGAUUGUCCCAAAAUUUUUCCUCUAUUCCGGGCAUGAUUCAUCGGUUGCCGGUUUGCUUUCAACGCUACAAGUCUACAAUUCUUCGCGAGUACCAAGCCUGCAUCGGAUCCCAUUAUAUAACGCUUUUGUAAUUAUGGAGCUUUUUGCCAAUAAUACAGUCAGGAUAACGUACUCCAGUGCCAAGGAAUUGCGCAGUUAUAGGAAUAAUACGGAAUGGCGGGAUGCGGAGCUGUUUAUUUACAAACAUCCGAACUGCUCGGUGUAUUGUCCAUUAGUGGAUAUGAUCGAGAUGAAUCAACGUUAUGUGGUAGCAAACUGGGAGCAUGAGUGUGAUGAUCGAAACUUCCUCCUUCGUGCAAUUACAGAACAUGUUCCUGCUAGCGGUGCUUGGGCUACGAUUGGAGUUUUGGGAGUGUUAUUAGUGAUGUUCGUGGGCUUUCGCUGGUGGAAAGAUCGCAAGCACCAUUUCAAUAAUCGUCCUGUCGCCAGCCAAAGUUUGUCAGAUUCAGUUAUUUCCUAUAGAACUUUGGAAAACUUAAAUGCAUGAACAAUACAGACAUUUCUUCUUCGUUUUGAAUGCUGGUGAUGUUCUUGCGUUUAAUGUUUUUUCAGAUAGUAAUUCUUUUUGUUUGAUGUGCUCAUGAGUUACUCUGUAAAUUGGACAUUUCGAACCGGCUUUGAUAGCAGGUUCGUAUAAGAUAGCUAUAGGGCAAUUUCUGUGUUGUGAUGCUUUAUAUUCCAGCCCAUGGCCAUGGGAAUAUAUGAAUACAUUUUUGCCAAGUUUAAUUUCAAAAAAGGGACUUAUAAUUAUUCCUGAGUUAACGAUUGAAAGAUUUGACCUCAGUUGGAUUAAGCUAAAAC